UAAUCUGUAAGAACGGAAUUCGGUCAUCGACUCACUAGAUGCAGGCAUAUAUUGAGGCUAGACCAAAAGUGUCUUAGUGUCGGAUAUGGGACCUUGUCCUACCAGCCUCAGAAUGUCUCCACUUAAAUUCGCUCCCUCUAAUGGAAUUAUCGAGAUAUCAACAUCCAAUCUGUUCAAUUCGAUUUUGUUUUAGCCUGUAACAAAUACUUACCAAAUCGACAACCAGAGAAAAUAUGAAAGCUCUAACAGCUGGCUGGUGAGAGUUCAUAUCUCUAUUUCUUCAUUCCUUUUUUUUAUGCUUUUGCAAAUUGCAAGGCGUUAUUUUUGAUUGAUCGGUUAGACAUUCAUUCGUUCAUUCAUUCCACCAUGCCUCCGAAGAAACAAACCCCAAAGAAGGGGCCAUCUCAGGCCAAAGGCUUAAAGAACCCCCCGGAGACGAAGGAAGACUUUGAAGAAGAGCUCAAAUUGCUGGCAGGCCAAGCUCAGGAAGAGACAUGGGCCAAUUGGGCAGCACAACAGGGCAUCAUAUACGCCAAGGCUGCGGCGCUGAUCGCUCUCAUGGCUGUCUACGCCAACGUCUCACUACUCACUUUAUCGCCUGUAUAUGGUCAAAUCGCUGCGACCAGGUGGCACCAAAGAUUAGUUUGGACUGCUUUGUUUGUUGGAUGGGGAGGUAACCUGGCUCUCAGGCGAGUCUUACCGGUGAAGACAAUCACCCUAUUACCCUUGGUGGCGGCGUAUAUUCCCAUGCUACAAUCCUUUCUUUUCCAAGCGAGCGAGACGUUCGGCGCAAAUAUCGGGCCGACAAUAACGGAGGCCUUUACCCUAUUCCCACUGGUGGUUUUUAGUACGGCAUGUGUCGCCGAUGUUCUCGAGAAUGCCGAUUUAAGCGGCUUGCCGAAAUCUCUUGCCGGCUCCGCGCCGGGGUUAGGAUCAUAUGCAGUUUUCAAAUUACUCGAAAAUAACUCGAUGCAGCAAUUGGCCGCCCAAAUAGGAAAAUCGGUCUUACAAACACGCGUGGGGUUGGAGCUGGUGCUAGCAUCAGCUUACAGCAUAUUCGCCAGAUCCAAACUUUUGGUCUGGGCUAUCCCGGCCUUCUUACAUGCCGCUUUCUAUAACACACAUCUUAUAACCCCGAUAACUACCAACUCCCUAAACACAACUCUCCAUAUCAAUGCAUGGUCGAUAGUUGAUCGGUGGGAAUCGACAACGGGUUAUAUUUCAGUCCUGGAUAGCCACAGGGACGGAUUUCGAGUGAUGAGAUGUGAUCACAGCUUGCUUGGUGGGGAGUGGACCAAGUUUCCACGGAAAAUUGUUGCGGAACCCAUCUAUAGCGUCUUUGCCCAACUUGAGGCAGUUCGACUUGUCCAGAUUCCCAACAAAACACCCGAUAACAAGGCUAAAGCGCUGAACAUCGGCCUUGGAAUUGGAACAACACCAUCGGCCUUAAUAGCACAUGGUAUUGACACGACUAUUGUGGAGAUUGACCCCGUGGUCUACGAUUUUUCCAAGAAAUAUUUUGGUUUACCAUCAAAUCACACCGCUGUAAUUCAAGACGCUAUAUCCUGGAGCCAGUCUAACAAGGAUGACCUCCGCGAAAAUUACGACUAUAUCAUCCACGAUGUAUUCACGGGCGGCGCGGAGCCGAUACCCCUAUUCACCCAGGAGUUUUUGACAGGCUUAAAACAUAUGCUGAAGCCUAAUGGAGUGAUAGCCAUUAACUAUGCCGGUGAUUUCACUCUACCUCCCCUCGGCAUCGUUAUGAAUACGAUAAAGGAUGUAUUCCCCUCAUGCCGAAUCUUCAGAGAAGGAGAGCCACCUUCCGCAGAAACUGUAGAAGAAACAGGACGUGAUUUCGAUAAUGUACUCGUAUUUUGCGUCAAGACCGGAAAUGAGAUCACUUUCCGAAAACCCACAGAGGGUGAUUACCUCGAUAGUCUCGCUAGAAGAGCAUAUCUCUUACCUAAACACGAAGUCGAGCAAUCGGCGUUUUCCGCUACCAGCGCGGACGCGGAUAUCCUUAGAGUGAACGAAACCGAGAAAUUGGUGGAAUGGCAUGAUAAGAGCGCUCUGGGGCAUUGGUCCGUCAUGAGGACGGUUUUGCCAAGCUACAUUUGGCAAGAUUGGUGAGCGUGAACGUUUAUAUAUUCUUUGCCAUCUACCUACGGGGUUAUAUGAGCGACUAUGUAAAUAUGGAAUAAUUAUAUUUGUACGAUUGAGAAGAUUGGAACAUAUUGAACCGUUGAAUUGGUGCAAUUUUGUUUAUGAAG